AUGGAGAAGAAGAGAACAAAAUUGGGUCGUCGAGAGGAAGAGCGUAUUUUCUUUGGUUCAGAAUCAAAUAAGAAGCGGGUGCCAAAGACCAUUGACAAUCAACGCGUGAAGAACGACACUUUCUUUCAAGAAAACGACUUGGACAUUAGCGGGGAGAUUGUCGAAGACGAAUUCGCCAGUUACUUCGUGAAUAGCACCGAUCCAAAGGUGGUUCUGACUACAAGUAGAAAACCUUCUCAGGAAAUGUUCCGUCUACUUCAAAGUAUUUUCUCAGUGAUACCUAAUGCAUAUUACUAUGCCCGCCGUUCGUACUACAUCGAGGAAAUUAUCAGGCAUUCCAACGCGCGGGGCUUCACUGACAUACUCGUUUUCAAUGAGAAUCGCAAGUUUAGUAAAGGGGCAAAGAUUAACGGGCUCUUGCACAUUCAUCUUCCUGUUGGACCUACAUGCCUAUAUCGACUCAGCUCCCUGGUAUACUCAGAAAAAAUACGAAAUCAUGGGCGUUCCACGACCCACCAUCCUGAGCUUAUCCUUAACAACUUCUCUACUCGCCUUGGGCACCGUAUCGGUCGUAUGUUUGCCUCUAUAUUUCCACAAAGACCUGAGUUUCAAGGUAGGCGUGUGGUUACUUUUCACAACCAGCGCGAUUUUAUAUUUUUUAGGCACCACCGCUACGUAUUUGAAGUGCGCAACGAGAGCGACGAAGAUUUUUUGGCUAAAUUCAAGGCUGAUAGUUUAUGCGAAAGUGAACAAGAUUUGGUACAGAGCUAUACUUCCGCAGAAUUGACAUGUAACACUCAAAAGAACAGCGAGUCGAAAAACAGUCAAAGAAGGGAGAGGGCAUUCUCAGACGCAUUUCUCCCAGUGACUGAGAUAAAAUCGGAUGCUCACCAUCAGUCACGAGAACUGAUGAUCAAUUGUAAACAUUCUAUAGAGAGACAGGCUUUGCGAGCGCGUCUUCAAGAGCUUGGCCCGAGGUUCACUCUCAAAUUGUUAAGCAUUCAAAAGGGCACUUUCAAUAGUAAGCAUGGGGAGUACGAGUAUGUCUUCAGCGGUGAUGCUGGCGGUUCGAAGUACGACAGGCGAAAGUUCGUUCUGUAG